CUCCAUCAAUUUUCUCAUUAAAAACCCAAAUAUAUAUUCUUCCUUUCUAACCCCAAUCUCUCUCUCUCUCUCUUUCAAACUUUUCAAGUGUUUUAUGUCAUCAUGGGAAUUCAAAAGCCUGCAUGGUUAGAAGCACUUUACAACCAAAAGUUCUUUGUGGGAUGUUCAUUUCACGAGACUUCAAAGAAGAAUGAGAAGAACAUUUGUUGUUUGGAUUGUUGCAUUAGUAUUUGCCCUCAUUGUUUGUCGUCUCACCGAUUCCAUCGCCUUCUUCAAGUUCGUCGAUACGUUUAUCAUGACGUUGUUCGACUCGAAGAUCUUCAAAAACUUAUAGAUUGUUCAAAUGUUCAGCCUUAUACCAUAAAUAGUGCCAAAGUGGUGUUCAUCAAGAAGAGACCUCAAAAUAGACAAUUUAAAGGGUCUGGAAAUUUUUGCACUUCAUGUGAUAGAAGUCUUCAAGAACCUUAUGUUCAUUGUUCUCUCGGAUGCAAGGUGGAUUUUGUGUUGAAGCAUAAGAGAGAUUUAACUUCUUAUCUUAGACCAUGCAAUUCUCUCCCACUUAGUAUGGAUUUUUUAGUUCCACAAGAUGUAGGCGACGACGAGAUGACAAACGAGACGCCUCGUUCGACAAUCGUGGACUAUGAUGAGCCGAUGAGCUCGUCUUCCGGUUCCGAGAACAUGAGCAUAGCUCAACCACCAAUUGUUCGUAAGAAAAGAAGUGGUCUUUGUUUAUGUGGAAGAUCAUCUAGAAAGAUAAUAUCUAGUGAAGACAUAGCAACAAGUAUGAGCAUAAGUAGAAGAAAAGGCAUCCCUCAUAGAUCUCCCUUGUGUUAACUAACACCAAAAAGAAAAAAGAAAAAAAAAAGUAUCAUUUUGCUCUAAAUUAAUUCGGUAACAUUUUCUUUCUUUGACAAUUUGACUGAAAUACCCUUUCACAAUCCCAUCUCUCUCUCUCUUUUUAAUUUAAUCUAUUUCUAUCAUUGAAAUUAGAGCUUAGCUUAAUUAAUUAAUCAAUUGGUCGGGUGGUUUUGUCUUAA